ACUGCCUACUCAUCAAUGUCAGUAGAAAACACACCUAUGUCUGUUUGUCUGUCAGCUAUGACGGCCAAACGUGCAGCUCUGAUCACCGACUCCUACAAGGUAGUAAAGAGAUCCAGGAGAGAGGAGAAGAGGGAGAAGAGGACCCCAUCUCCUCCCCAGAAGAACACUAAGCCGCAUCCCCUCACGGCCAGAGAGAUAGAGCUGCAGGAGCUGAGGCAGUUUGACCAGGACUGGCGGUAUGGACCCUGCACAGGUAUCAGUCGCUUGCAGAGGUGGGAGAGAGCUGCACAGCAUAAGGUUAAACCCCCUCAGGAGAUCAGAGAUUUGCUACUUAGCGCAGACACAGACCCGGACUACACACACUGCCUGUGGAGUGACUAUCCAUUGUGAGAAAUAAAAAGUGGAGAGACAGAGAAGAUAUAAGUGAAAUGUCCAAAGUUCACGUGGUUUUGCUUUUGUUCAGUUUGGGUUUGACUGCUAACCAUCACACUACACUUAAAUAAAUAAAUAACAUUUUCUACCCAAA